AUGGAAGCCUUCUACGUCUCCAUGAUCCUGUUCGUGAGCAGGGCCUGGGACGCUGUGACGGACCCUCUGGUCGGUUACCUGGUGAGCCGGAGCCGCUGGACGCCCAUCGGCAAACUCAUGCCAUGGGUCGUUCUCUCCAUGCCGUUUGCGAUUCUGUCUUAUGUCAUGCUGUGGUUCAUGCCGCAAGACUCCAUGUCCCAGGCGUUCAGCGUGCCCUGGUUCCUGGUCGCGGCGUGCAUGUUCGAGACGCUGAUGAGUCCUGUGACAGGCGGCAACAUGCUGGCUGCCUGUAGAACGAGUCGGGGCAGCUUGCUGUACACGGGCGACUCGGGGAACUUAGGGUUGAUUCAUCUGAAUAAAAUUCCUAAAGGAACUGGAUGUUCUGCGUGCUGGAUGACCGUGGAGAUCCUGGCCAUGCUGUUGGGCUCGGUGGUGCAGGGGCAGGUCAUCGCAGUGUACAACGCAGAGAGGGACGGGGUCUGCCAGCAACUGGACCAGACGCAGCCCGCGCCACAGAGCACACCCUCCCCCCAUGCUGCCUCGCUGCAGGGCACGAGAAAAGCCUUCCUGACAUCGGCCUUGGUCAUUGGUGCGCUGUUUCUCCUCUGCAGUCUAGUUCUAUUCCUGGGGGUGAGGGAGCAGCAAGACCCCCAUUGUUCAGAGGAGAAGGUGAGAGUGCCGUAUCUCAUCUCCCUCAAACUGUUGGCUAGCCACAUCCCCUUCCAACGAUUAGUGAUUGGGUUCCUCUUCUGUGCCCUGGCGUUCCAGAUGGCCUUGGGAAACUUUGCACUGUUUUGCAGCCAUGCCGCUGGGCUGGGCGCCCAUUUUCAGCACAUCCUGCUAGUUCUUCUGGUUUCUGCAACCGCAGCUGUUCCAUUAUGGCAAGCAGUCCUCAUAAGAAUCGGCAAGAAGAAAACAGUCCUAAUUGGACUUUCGCCUUUCAUCAUAGCGGUGACGGUUAUUGCGUGUGUGCCCAGUAACCUUGCGGUCUUCAUGACAAUGUGCUUUCUGAUGGGAUUGAGCCUGGCAACCAUGUUCCUGCUUCCCUGGUUAGUCACCACACUGAGUCCCAACAUACAAAGGUCCAUGCUCCCGGAUGUGGUGGAUGACUUCACCGUGAAGAACCCCGAAUGCAAAGACCUGGAACCCAUGUUCUUCUCUUGUUAUGCCUUCUGCAAUAAACUGGGAGGAGGCCUGUCGGUGGGAAUUUCAACGAUCCUAUUACAACCAGAGGACUGUCGCCAUAGCGAUGCCGUGGUGUCUGCCCUGAUCAUCAUGUUCUCACCCGUGCCCAUUGUUCUGCUUUUGGUCGCAAUGGUCAUCUUCCGCUUCUACCCAAUCAACGAGAAACAGGAGACCAAACCGUGA